AUACGCUCGUGUCGUCGCGGUUUGCAUUUGAGAGUGUGAAACGUAGACGGAGAAAAAAAACUACCCUCGUCAAGAACGCUGGACCGAAUAAAGAUAGAAACGAGGGCAGCAGGGCGCCUGCGUUUUCUACAAAUUCACGUGGCGUUGAAAGCCGUUAGGCGGGGAUAGAAAGACGACCAAAAGGGGGUUGAAUCUGCGGGGUAGCGCGGUUAGUGUCAGUCGGCAUUAAGCUGUUCUGGUGCACGCGUCGCACCUGUAAAACCAGUUUUGCUUCGAAAUUUCGAUCCCGACGAUCUACGGCGCGGAAAAAAAAGAAAUCAACACGAAUCGAAUAAAUUAGUAGCGAAUUAAAAACUUCGACCGUCCCGAAAAAAAGCGAAAAAAAUCCCCGUCGUCUUCGUACUUCAUAUCGAUGCCAUGCGGGAAAGUCCUCAGGGACUUUAAUCGGUCCUGAAUGUAUGCGGUCACUGAAUUGAUAUUUUUGUUAAAAAAAAUUAUAUAAGAAAAACGCAACGUGUUACGCGCGGUUUACCUUCCGCAUGUCCACGCCGCGGCAUGGCAAUUAUGCAAUCGUGUUGUUGCUGGCGAUCCGUUCGCAGAGGAAGUAUCGCCUGCGCGAUUUACAGCGGACUGUACUUCGCGCUGACUACGGUAAUGAUGACGAAGCUGCUCGAUCAGGAACGUCAAUAUCUUACGGGAAAUCGUUCGGCGCCGGAAUCCGCAAGUUUUCUCGAACCGGAAACCAUAUCUCCAACCACCGUCCGGUUCAACAUCGUUAUACUUUCGUGCUCGAGUUGCGGCGUUUUAUCCUCGCUGCUUCUACUUUACGGAUUAUUCAAGGAUCAACGCGUGCUUCUCAUACCGUGGAUUUUGACGGUUAUAACGUUCAGCGUGGUUGACAUUACGCAUUCAAUGUACGUCUGUAUUACGGACUCGGUACCCUUCAACCCCAUCACCGCGAUGCUGUUCACCCUGGCUUUUUUCGUACUCUGCCUGAACACCUAUUCGUUACUCUGCGUUAUUUCGCAGUAUCAGGAAUACCUCGCCGGACGAGGAACUGCUGCCGACGAUUGCGAGUACAGGGUACCGGCCGUAAGGUACGCGGUGCAACCGACGACGACGGCAACUUCCUGUCUGAGUUCGAGGAGAGCGCCGACCAACAACGAGACGAGGGCCACCGCAACGCCGACGCAAAGUCCUACGGCUAUUCCGGCGGCCUUAGCCGCCGAGAAAAGUCCCACGGCUUGCAAACCGGGUCGGAAACACGUUCAAUUCCCCGACACGCCGACGGCAAGCCAAGGAGAAAAAUCCGAGAUCGGGACGGUGGAUACCUCGUCGCCGACGUGGAAUCCUGGUUUGGAAUUAUGCAAAACCCCGACGCAGCAGUUGAUCCCUGCGAUCGUUGAUACAGCGCCGCUUUUAUCGUCACCGACACCCAGGGAGGGUGUUCAAAUGCACUGCGACGAGAAGAUGGCAGUGAUCGUCGGUAACGUUAAGACGUGAACGGAAGUCGAAAGUAUAUCGUACCAAGUUUGUUUUUGCCUUAUCUUUUGACGUGGGAGAAAGAGACGCUAUUUUAUUUUCUAACAUGACGACUCGCGCCGCGCGUAAAUCCAACGAAGUCUCAAGCUAAAUAAUUUGUAUAAUAAAUUUUCAUCCUAUAUAUAUCUACUACUCGUUAUACGUUUACAUGGAUACCCGAUCACUCGAAAUCUAAAUAUUGCUGUACCUAUCAUUGGGUGUUGUUUGACGUGUAGAACAUGAUCGAUAAAAUAGAACAAACGGAGAAAAAUAUCUUGACUGAAAAAAAUGGCCGAAAUACGACGAGGGCAAAAAAAUUCUCCGGAUGAUACAUCGCCGAACGAAGGGACCGAGCGAUGGCGGAAAUUCCUUUUUUCCUCCAGACCAAAAUUUUUGAAACAAAUUGUAUACGAGGGAUGAAAGUCUUCAGACUCAUGUAUAUUCAUUGAUUGGCUGGUCAACGUGCAGUGAAUGAAUACACGAUACGUUUCAGUCCUGAAAUAUGG